AUGAAUGGAGACUUAACAUUGUUAUUUUCAUCGUUCGCACGUGUUUAUAUCGCUGAUUUAAGUUCCAAAUCCCACAGUAUAUUUCUUUCUUUCUUUCUUUCUUUCUUUCUUUUUCUUUCUUUCUUUCUUUCAUCGUUCGCACGUGUUUACAUCGCUGAUGUAUUGCUUUUGUUUGUGUAUAUUUCUUUCUUUCUUUCUUUCUUUCUUUCAUCGUUCGCACGUGUUUAUAUCGCUGAUGUAUUGCUUUUUGUUGUGUAUAUUUCUUUCUUUCUUUCUUUCUUUCUUCAUCGUUCGCACGUGUUUAUAUCGCUGAUGUAUUGCUUUUGUUGUGUAUAUUUCUUUCUUUCUUUCUUUCUUUCUUUCUUUCAUCGUUCGCACGUGUUUUACAUCGCUGAUGUAUUUUGUAUUUCUUUCUUUCUUUCAUCGUUCGCACGUGUUUAUAUCGCUGAUGUAUUGCUUUUUGUUGUGUAUAUUUCUUUCUUUCUUUCUUUCUUUCUUUCAUCGUUCGCACGUGUUUAUAUCGCUGAUGUAUUGCUUUUGUUGUGUAUAUUUCUUUCUUUCUUUCUUUCUUUCUUUUUUUUUCAUCGUUCGCACGUGUUUACAUCGCUGAUGUAUUGCUUUUUGUUGUGUAUAUUUCUUUCUUUCUUUCUUUCUUUCUUUCUUUCUUUCAUCGUUCGCACUAUAUUUCUUUCUUUCUUUCUUUCUUUCUUUCUUUCAUCGUUCGCACGUGUUUAUAUCGCUGAUGUAUUGCUUUUGUUGUGUAUAUUUCUUUCUUUCUUUCUUUCUUUCUUUCAUCGUUCGCACGUGUUUACAUCGCUGAUGUAUUGCUUUUUUGUUGUGUAUAUUUCUUUCUUUCUUUCUUUCUUUCUUUCAUCGUUCGCACGUGUUUAUAUCGCUGAUGUAUUGCUUUUUGUUGUGUAUAUUUCUUUCUUUCUUUCUUUCUUUCUUUCAUCGUUCGCACGUGUUUACAUCGCUGAUGUAUUGCUUUUUGUUGUGUAUAUUUCUUUCUUUCUUUCUUUCUUUCUUUCUUUCAUCGUUCGCACGUGUUUACAUCGCUGA